AUGUUAAAGUCAACAUUAUUUUUCCUUGUAUGUUUCUUGCUUGGGUGUGCAAUUAAUGUGUGACACAUGUGGCAAAUUAUGAAGGUUUUAUUAUUCUGUGAACUUUGUGGUGAGACCAGUCUGACAUGUCUGGCUUCUUGGCACUGAUUUGAGCAACUCCCUCACUUUCACGUGGACCUCAGGCGUCAGCGUGUGAGGUGAAGGCACACCUACCUUUAUACCUCCAGAUCGUUCACAAAACAACACCUUCUCAGCCUGUUUUCAGAACGCCUCACCAGCCCGGCAGUUUGAGGGUCACAUUUUAUUCACACACUUCCCAGGAGGAAAGGAAGAAAAAAAAGGUCAUCAAAAUGCCUGCCAGUUUCUGUGGUACAUGGGACAUAAUCAGCAAUGUCAACUUUGAGGGUUACAUGAUUGCACUGGGUAUUCCCCGUCCCAUCCGAAAGAUUGCUCUGAAAUUGAAGCAGAGGAAGGUGAUUGAGCAGCAGGGGGACCAGUACAUCAUCAAAACUGUCAGCACCUUUAAAAACUACACCACCUCCUUUAGAGUUGGUCAGGAGAAUAAGGAGUUUACCAAGGGACUGGACAACAGACAUGUCGAGUCACUGGUGACGUGGGAGGGGAAUAAACUGGUGUGUGAACAGACUGGAGAGAAGAAGAACCGGGGCUGGGCUCAUUGGAUUGAAGAGGACAAGUUACAUCUGGAGCUCUACUGUGAAGGAGAAGUCUGCAGGCAGGUUUUUAAGAAGAAGGUGAAAGGGGAAGAGGAAUGAAAGUUGUAUUUCUGGAGAACUUACUGAAUGAUGAAUGGCACCAUGUGUUAGAUCCACCACUCUAAACCCUGAAAAACAAAAACACACGAAAAGUUAAGUUUGUGGUAUUUCCUAUGUAGUGUGACUUCAAUGCUCAGUCUGGGAGAGAACAUCAUCCCUGUCAGAUAUAUAUUUACACCACUAGAUGGCAUCACUGUACUAUGUUUCAGAUACAGGGCUACACUGGUCUGUAGCGUAUUAAGUGGUGCUUGGCCUUGGAUAAGAAAAUGUACAGGACAUCAAGCCUGUUUUUGGCUCCUUUAAGCUGGUUAAAGACUCAAUGCAGGCUCCGUUUAGUCCAAACGUUUUGUUUCCUUUAAAUCCCUAUCUGAUGAAGCAAAUUUUUUUUUGUGAUCACAUU